AUGUUCAAACAGUCGCCGAGAGGUGCAGCGGCUCAGAUGCUUCCCUUUUUUUUUACCACUAAUGUCAGGGCAUCAAGAAGGACUGCCAUACUCAAUACGAAAAGCGUGGUAUCACCUCACAACGUCCAGAGAUUCUACUAUGCUAACGGGUUUCUGGAUUCCGGCAGUGUGGACUUUCGUCGAGGUACUGCGAGCAUAAAUCGUUCCAUUCAAUUCACACCAAACCACGAGCUGGGAAAGAUAGGUCUUUGCCAACACGAUUUUGUUAGGGGUGUUUCCUCGAAGGUUGGACUGACCAGUCCCUCAGACACACAGCCCGUUGAAAAAAACAAAGACUUUUCAGACGCAAUAAUAGGGAAGGUGCAGAACAUUUGCCACCCUAAAAAUGAAGAUUUAAGCUCAACAUCACACAUUCCAUUUGCUGUGAAGGACAAGAUCAAGCAGCAAGCUGCCACAACUUCGGCCCUCACUUCUUUCAAGAACGGUGAAAUCACCUUCAAAAAGCUCACAGAGCCAUACCUUGUGCUGACUAAGCCAAACCUGACGUUUUUGAUCAUGCUUUCAUGCAUAUCAUCUUAUGCUUUGUCACCGAACAGUGUCUCUGUCCAUGAGUUCAUGACUCUGGCUGCUGGUGUGAUGCUGGCUUCGGGAGCUGCUAAUGCCAUCAACAUGGGUAGAGAGCCUUCUUUUGAUAAAUUGAUGGUUCGUACUGCUGCCAGACCUGUCGUUAGAGGUCAGGUGACUUCUCGUGAAGCAUUUACGUUUGCAGGGAUUACUGGCUCAUUAGGCUGUACUAUGUUAUAUUUUGGUGUUAAUCCCGUGGUGAGUGGGUUAGCAUUUGCAAAUAUUGUGCUCUAUUCAUGGUUUUACACCUCUCUGAAGAGAAAAUCGAUUUUGAACACUUGGUUGGGUGCGCUAGUGGGAGCUAUUCCUCCGUUGAUGGGCUGGGCUGCUUCGUCCUCCUUGAUGGAUCCGGGCGCCUGGUGUCUUGCAGGUAUCCUUUAUGCCUGGCAAUUUCCCCAUUUCAACUCUUUGAGCCACAACAUAAAGGAUGAGUAUAAAAAGGCUGGUUAUGUGAUGACUGCUUUCGAAAACCCCAAGCUGAAUGCAAGAGUUGCUCUCAGAUAUUCAUUGUUGCUUUUCCCAUUGUGCUAUGGCCUAUACCUGUCUGGGGUCACAGAUGGCUGGUUUGUACUGGACUCAUCGUUGGUUAAUGGUUGGUUGACUUACAUGUCUUUCAAGUUCUGGAACCAACAACGUAUAAACUUCAAGAACGGAGGCCAGCCAACGCCUGAGGGAGCCAUUCUGGCGAAUGUUUAUGCCAAAAAGAUGUUCUGGGGAUCUGUUUGGCAGCUUCCAGGUGUUUUGGUGCUUGCUAUGCUGCACAAAAGGGGGAUGUGGGAUAGGUUCCUGAGCUCGGACCCCGAGAAGGAGAAGUUGUCGAGCCCAAAACCGAACAUAAGAUUGAAAGCAUGA